AUGGCCACCUUGUCCAUGAAUAUGUUGGUCUUGAUGCUUCUCAACGUCGUCUCCUUCGUGGAGAUUUUUGUCCCGACCCAGAUCAAAGCAGCACAACCACUUCCCCCUGCGAAAACGACGAGCCAAGUGUUGAACGAAUCGUUUACUGCUAGCAACGACGGCAAUGCCAUCGCGAUCGCGAUCUGCGGUGGGGUGGGCUCCCUUAUCCUCUACUGCGGGGAUUUUCUCCUUUCGGGACCUGGCGGCGCGAGUUUAACCUUAUUCGCGCUUACAGUUUUCGGGACUUUCGUGCUCUUGUCCCUCGCGGGCAAAUACCCUAGGUCAAGCAACAUAGUCAAACCACCAAUCGCGUUUGGUGCCCUCCCUUUGAGAUUCCAGGCCACUCCACGUCCUCGAACGAUUUGGAAUUUCACCAGUGUCUCUGACAACCUCCCCUGGCCCAGCAAGUCCUCGACGUAUAGUCCGUAUUCCGGUUCCGUUCUACCUGCUGCUGCGGUCGCUGUUGAUACGGCUAUUAUGGCCGUUGGUACCAAGGUUGCAGUUGGGUUGGGACUUUGCGCAACUUUUGAGGCCGAGGGGGUAUGCAGAGAGAAGUUCCAACAAGACCUCCCAGCAAUGAGCAUCUGCUACAUGGGGCUUCUUCUUGUAGCGUUAUUUCAAGAUCUGCUACUAGGCGUGCUUCGUCCAGCAUGGUUGUAUAAUGUUUGGCAUUUCGUUCGUCAGCUUAAGACCCCGUAUGCUUUUAUGACCCUGCCGAUAUUUUUUCGGCUCCAUCAUACCUAUAUGUGGACAGAUGUGGUCCCCAGGCUCACUCAUGCCAUCGACUCGCUAACUUUGAUCAUUGCUGGUCGAUACGCCUCUGACCCUCUUUUGGCCAUGGACUCGACUGCAGAUUUCAUAGUCAAUUCACCUUUUCCCGCACGGUCAGUAGGUUCGUUCAUUGCGGCCUUAAGCUUGACAAUGGCCCCUGCAUUGCGCGGUUAUAGUAAGCGAUAUUGGGCACUCAGUGGUGCAGGUAUCGGGAUAUUGGUUAUACCUUGGGAUGCUGUGGCUCGGCCUAUGACAUCUCUUGUUGUUUUAGGGAUUGUACUUGCCUUGUUUUCCUACCUCUUUAAAUCCAUUGCAACAGUUUCUGGAUGGAGUGUUUUGGGUUGCACCAUCUUCGUUCAAACUUUAAUUGGUUUCUGGAGCUUCCUGUUUUGUCAUUCGGACGACGUUAGGGUUUCUUACUCGCAAGGAGAGUUCGAGAUGGUUCAGAAAGCCAUUGCCGCCUCAAGGUUAAUGAGGGACCCCCACUCCAAAAAAGGUGCACCGGCUCACGUUGAGACGUUGACGUUGGCUAUAGACAUCUCUUCCUUGAUUUUCACUGUGGGCUCGUUUGCCUUGGUAGAUAUGUCGGACUCUUUUCAUGAAGAGGUGGAAUACGACAACCUAUCUGGUCAUGCAUUUACUGUUGUGGAUGGUAAUAGGCAUAAUGACGGCGUCGAUGGUGGCUCGGAGUUACAACCACCACCUCGGGGCAAUCUUGACCCAGGACUUAAAGCCAUUCAGUGCACAUGA